AUGCGCCGCCCAGACACUAGUCAUUCCCUUCUUUCUCCUGCAAAUUACGACAACGAUGCAUCUUCGUUGCGGUCGCCUUCCGAGCAGGACUCCGAUUCCGACGAUGACGCCCUCCUCGACCAGAACCGCAGCACCUUAGAAAUCGCAGAGCACGAUAGGGCAGUCCUAGAAGAUGAAGAGGAACUUGAAAAUCUUCUGAUCCGCCGUGGUACUGGACAUGGUCUGCGGAGGAUUUUCAGCCCAAAUGGUAGCACUGUGAAGAUCGGCAAGACGAAAAAGGAGCGGCGACAGCGGAGAGGGUCACGUCGAGAGAGAGUCAGCGAAGACGGUGAGCUGAUGUAUGAGAUGGAAGAGGGAAUUGGUGACGACAAUGCUUCCCUAUUGAGCGGAUCGUCGUUAGAUUUGGAUAGAAAAGGCGAAUACACAUAUGAGCCGCCUCCACGGCCUUCAUGGCGAAAAAUCCUGUUUAUAAUUACUCUCGUCGCGAUUCUCUUCGUCAUCCUCCUCCUCGGGGCGUAUAAAGCCUCGAGCGGUUUCCGAUCUUCACGAGCACACCCUCCACUCUUGCUCUCCAACGGCACGGCUCUGUUUGCACCAACCACUAUCGUUAUCUCCCUGGAUGGCUUCCGAGCCGACUUUCUCGACCGUGGGCUCACUCCUGCGCUGAACUCCCUCAUCGCUAAUGGCGUUUCCCCGCAAUAUAUGAACCCCAGCUUCCCGAGCGUCACCUUCCCAAACCAUUUUACACUCAUGACUGGACUCUACCCCGAGAGUCAUGGAAUUGUGGGCAACACAUUUUGGGAUCCGAAUAUGAAAGAGGAAUUCUACUAUACCCAUCCCACUGUUAGCAUGCAACCCAAGUGGUGGAUGGCGGAACCGCUGUGGGUGACGGCAGAAAAGCAGCGUGUAAAGACCGCUAUCCACAUGUGGCCGGGAUCUGAAGCGCACAUUGGUGACAAGGAGCCGAGCUUUUUGGACAAAUACAACGGGACGGAAGUCUUGCCUCGCAAGGUGGAUCGGAUACUAGAGUUUUUGGAUCUCCCAGGUCUCGAGGAUGAAUCGCAGAUACCGCCCGAGCGGCCGCAAUUUAUCGUGGCUUACGUUCCUGACGUUGAUCAGGACGGGCAUAAAUUUGGCCCUAACAGCACUGAGAUUCGAAAGACGAUUUCCGAAGCGGAUGGUAUGGUCGCCGACGUUAUGACUGGUCUUGAGCGACGCAAUCUUACCGAGGUGGUCAAUAUCGUGGUUGUCUCGGAUCACGGCAUGGCCACUACCUCUACGGAAAGGCUGAUUCAGCUCGAUGAUCUCAUUGAUUAUGAUCUGAUUGAACAUAUUGACGGGUGGCCAUCUGCUGGGCUACGCCCCAAGCGCCCCGAGGAUCUAGAAACCCUCCGGAAGCAAUUGGAGAAGGUAGCUCCAGACUACGAGCAUGCUUUUGAAUUCUACACACGGGAGACAAUGCCUGAACGGUAUCACUUCUCGAAUAACGAACGCAUUGCGCCGUUGUGGGUCAUCCCUAAGACGGGGUGGGCUAUCGUUAAUCGGUCAGAGUUCGACGUGAAAGAGGCUUUGAAGAUCGGGAAGGAAUACCAUCCUCGGGGUAUUCACGGAUAUGACCACGAACAUCCAUUGAUGCGUGCAAUCUUUAUUGCGCGCGGCCCAGCCUUCCCUCACAAGCCAAACAGCCGGGUUGAAGUUUUCCAAAACAUCGAGGUAUAUAACAUUGUCUGUGACUCUUUGGGUGUCGAUCCUCUUCCGAGCAACGGCACACUACGGCUCCCGCUGAAGCCAGUCGGCCUCCACUCGGACGCGAACACACCGGUCUUGGACACACCUCCUGAUCCCCCGGCUCAGACUUCUGCAACAGCAGGACCAUUGCAACCAGCACCCUCACAACCACCAUCCCCACAGCCAUCACCCCCACAACCAGUACAGCCAGCAACGCAACCCACUUCAGCAGCUGAGGCACCACCCGCUACAGACCAUCAAAGUGACGACGAAAAGGGCUCGACGUGGUGGGGAACACUUUGGCACAAAUUUGACGAUCUAAAGAAUUGGGCUGGUGGUGUUGCUGAUGCUGUUCAGGGCAAGCACCCGGAGCCUGAGAGUUCAUAA